GAUCAGUGUGUUGCCGCGAACUGGUUGCGUGAGGACGUGCGGUGUCGCCGGUCGUUCCGAUUUUAUGUUAUUAUUUUCGUCGAGUUUCCGCUACCAACAUAUUGUUAUUAUAAUAUUAUAUUUUAUCGCCCGUUGCGUGAGUGCUCACGCGCGGCCACUGUCAGUUCGAGCCCGUUUCUCAUAUGGUAUAAAAAAUUUAUAUUUUUCAUUCGAUACCACCACUUUAACACGUGUUGAUUAUUUUUGAUUUUCGUUCCUUGGUGUAGUGCCGUGAAUGUGUGUGUACCUAUGUGUUAGUGCGUUAAACACGUAUAUUACGCGAAUAUAGUUUACAGGUCUUCCCGUCCCUGUGGCGUGCGAUGCGCGCGCGUGUGUGAUAAACUUCCGUACUUUCGCACAAACUGUCAUACAGUCGUUGCUUUUCCGGGACCGGGUUUGAUGUGCCUCGCCUCCAGCAAUGUUCGGUUCCAUCAUCAAUCGCUUUCAGACGUUCUCGCCGACCACGUCGCCGGUGACCUCGCCGAAGAUGUCACGGCGCAAGUACAAGAGCCCAGCGCACCGGCGCAGUCUCAAGGACGAGUACAGGGAUGUGCAGUCCGAACCCGAAGACGCCUAUUGCGCAGGAACAUCGUCAGCUACCGUCGGCUAUCGUCGUGGCCUGACACUGCAACACCAAUUGCAGCAGUCAGCCGGAAGUCCGUCGCCGUCGUCGUCGUCGUCGUCAGCGAAAAAGAACCGCAGCAGGAAACAGCUGAUGUUGAUCAAAUCAAAGUCCACGGCCCGGUUGGACAUAUCUGCCCCAACGGCUGCCGUUCCUGUGCUCGGAAACUAUCACCAAGGAUCAAAGUCCAUGGGGAGGCUGGAUGGUCUAAGACAGGUACAGAGACUGACUCAAUACGAAACGUAUUUCCAAAGUUUAUUGGACGAGACCAGACCGGAACAUGGAAGAGGCGCCGAAUACCACGAUCUGUGCAUGGCGAACAGCGCCGUCAAACAAACAGUAAAACGUACUCAUGAGCAAAGCGAUUUGGAGCGAAUUCAAGAUGUUUUCCCAAACGAUUUCCUUAGAUUAUACGAUAAAGAAGCCCUCACAAUGAAGAUGAAAGGAUUAAUCCGGAAGAGAGGAGGAACUGGUACAGCUGCUUUAAGGAGAGCUUUAUCGUCGAAAUCGCUGAGAUCGGAGUCGCCCCCUUCGACUCCCAACAAAAUUCAAAACGAUAGUCCGAGAAAAUUCAUAAUGGAAACUCCCGUCCAAUUCGUUAAUGGUGUGCAUUGUCAGGAACGUCAUUUAUUUUUAUUCAACGACCUCUUGCUGGUGGCCAAAGCGAAAUCCGGAAGUAACUUUAAACUUAAGGACAAGGUCAGGAUAUCGGAGAUUUGGCUCAACGAAUCGCCUGCGGUGAUCGACGAAGUUGCCGAAAUUCCCAAGUCUUCGGACACGUCUUUCGUUAUUGGAUGGCCGACCACAAACUAUGUAGCAGUGUUCAGCACCCAAGCCACCAGAAAUUUGUGGUGGUCGAAAUUAGCAGAAGAAUCGCAAGAAGAAAUUCGCAAGGACCCUCCGACAACCAACGUCCAAGUGUUUUACCAAGAUCUCAACACUGGAAUAGAAUACUGCAAGACGUUUGCCAUCGGACCGGACGAGAGCGCUAAAGACUGCGUAAAAAUUGCAUUAGAUCACUUGGAAAUGAGAGAUGCGGAUCCGAGCCAGUAUCAACUGUGGGCCAAGACGCCACGUGAAGAUCCGCCAUAUCCACUGUAUGGUCACGAGAAACCAUAUUCCGUUAAGUUGAGUUGCCUGCGGGACGGACUUAGCGCUGAAGAAGGGUUUGACUUGGACCACUGCAACAACGUGCACGACCCGUUGGCCAGGUGUCAUUUCAUUUUGAGAAGUGUCAAAGCUCAAGAAAACGAAACGAACAAAAAGACGCCAAAAAAGUCUUCUAGUCGCAUGAAAAUUGGACAGGUGUUUAAGAAAACUCCAACCAAAGAAAAUGGAGGCAAUUUGUUCGGUGUACCAUUGAAUAGAAUUUGCGAUGGAGAAAACCUUCCUAAACCAGUGAUGGGCAUGCUACACCAAAUUUUCUCCAAAGGACCGUUCACACAGGGUAUAUUUAGAAAGUCUGCCAACGCUCGUUUAGUCCGCGAACUUCGCGAGAAAAUGGAUGUUUGUGAGGACGUUUGUCUAGAGAACGUUCCUGUGCUGGUCACCGCGGCUCUUUUCAAAGACAUGCUGCGCUCGCUGCCCGACCCUUUGCUGUGUACCAGCCUGUUUCCGAAAUGGCGAUCAGCGCUUGACUGUUCCAACCUGCCCACAAAAUUAUUUAGAAUCAAAACGAUUAUCGACCAGUUGCCCAAACCCAACUAUCAUCUACUGUGCCACUUCCUGUGCGUCCUCUACCAUAUAUCUCGACGAUCCACGCACAACCUCAUGUCGGCCGCCAACCUGGGCGUGUGUGUUGGACCGUCCCUGCUGUGGUCCGAUUCGCCGGCCAUGUGUCCGACCGAAGACUUGCGCACCGUGCCCGCACUGGUCGAAAUACUCAUCACUCACUGCGAGCUGCUGUGUGGUCCACACGUGCCGAACCUCCUGGGUGACCCACGGGAUUCCGGCACCGAAGAAUCUGACUCUAUGAGGCGAGACGACAGUUCUAUCGACAGCCUGGAAGUGAGCCCGCCCCCCAGGAAAGAUCAGAUUUCGUUGAGCCGGGACUCUGGACUGACGAUGUCCGACUCGCAGCUGUAUACGCCAGACGAGGAGGAGAGUGGGUCAACCAGCUCAAGCGGAUAUGACCCGGCGUUUGAUCAGUCGCACUCGGCCAAGACCGCAGUGUCCGCCACUGCCGUGCCAUCGAUGCCGGGCGAGUACGUACGCGUAUACCCGGGUUGGGAGGAGCGGAAAAACGCCAACUUCCAGCGGCAGGCCUGGUUCCGGCAGCGAUCCAAGCGUCUGACAGCAGCGGCCAGCAAGGAAGCGGUCCGUCGGAGCGCUUCCGAAGAUUCCGUAUUGGAUGGUAGCGUCCCGCCGCCUACACCACCCCGUCGCAGCAAGCCCGUCCAAAUGUCCGGCAACAGCAACAACAACAACAACCGGAUAUCCCUAACCCCUCAACAGGACCAAUACCGGAAAAUGACUCCCUCAGAUUACUACGAUGUAGUGGUCAAGUCGGAAGUGGUUGUCGAAUCGCUGCACCCGAACAACUACAGCACGGAACUGACCAUCAAACCAGUAUUGCAGCCGGUGACGUACCGCAAGGACGAGUUGCAGACAGCCUCGCCAGUGGUGGUCGUAAGGAGGUCGGCCGAGGUGGUCGACCGUAGGCGAUAUCUACAGCAACAGCAGCACCAUCACCAGCAACAGCAACACCAGCAACAGUUGACAGCGGCCACUACGGGCACCACCACCACAACGGCCACUACAACCACAAAUGCUGCGGCCACUACUCCGGCGGAGAACUGUUGCGACGACGAAAACGAAGAAGACUCUAGCACGCUGUCCGACGAAGACUGUACGCCGCACGUUUCCCGGAGCAACAGCCGCGGAAAUGAGGUCGCUGCCGACUCUCUUAAGCUCAGGCAGCAUCAGCCGCUCCAGUCGCCGGUCGCGCACACAGACGGCACUGUCAGGCUCCGCGGCCGGUUGAAGCGCAAGGAGGAGAAAGCMGCUGUAGCCGCGGCCAGGUCCCGGUCCUUGCCACCGCCCCCGCCCUAUCGGCCACCGCCACCGGCCAACCGCCGUGCGCCAAUCACCUCGUAUUACCUGGGCGAGUGCAGUCAGGCACAGCAGCAGCGAUUCGUCGUCACCAGGACGUACGCAGACGAGGAGUCUUACGUCUGAUACAUACGACUUAGUGUUCUCGGCCUUCCCCUUCUGAAUUAAUAUUUGAUGAUAAUAUGUACGUCUUAUGAUGUUUCCAUCCCUCCCCCCCCCUUACGCGCCCCGUCAUCCAUCUCCAGAGUUGCAGUAUUCAUCAACCAAUGCGUUUUGUAUAUAUUAUUAUUAUUAUUAUUAUUAUUAAUCAUAAUUUUUAUUUUUAUUAUUAUAAUAUUUAUAUAUACACUUGACAAUAUAAAGUAUAAAACUACUUAAGUUACCUGUCAACUUGAAAACAAAUAUGGGCGCUUGGAUGCUAUUGCUGUUUUUUUUUUUUUUUUU